CCAAGCACUGAUUUUAGGGCACGAUGCACAUUCUUGCUCCGCAGAAAGAAGCAUGAGAGAGAAAGGAAGUGGAAAUACUUCUCUGUUUCUUAAUUGACUUAAGAAGUCAACAAACCUCGCAGCCAAGGCUGCAAAGCUGGAGAAAUCGAGUGGUGAGACUUGGACUGCGAAGUGCUUCAUUUCCUUUAGAAGCUGGCUUAUUAGCCCCUUUGUUACAGUAGUGCUUCUUUUGGUCCACUGACAACCAUCCUGACCUCUUCAAUGGUUUCACAUUGCUGUGAGUUUGUGUUGGUUUUCCAGUUUUCUUUGGAGAAGCUGCUUUUAUAGAACCAAGUCCCACUGACUUUCACAAAAUACAGAACAGUAGAAAAUGUGACCUUGGUUCCAAGUCAGUUAGACCGAGAAUUUUAAAACAAAUCACAGCUGUGACAAGAAACCUGAGCAGCUUUUCAUUUGCCUAGAGAUGCAUGUAACUCCUGUAGAUUUUAUGCUUUAGAGAAAAGAAGCAAAUUAUUCCCAAAAGUUCCUUAAAUUGAUCCAAUAGCCCAGGAAUGCAAGCUACAUAACAGUAGUGAAAUUCUACCUUCUUUUUAUUGUAGCUGAUGCAGUAAAGUAUUUUUGCAUUUAACAUCAUAAACGUAAUGGUCUUCAGCAAUCCAUUCUAAUACUGUCUCUAAAAUGAGGAUGAUAUCAAUGUAACAGCUCAAAAUAAUUUCCCUUUCCUUUCCUCCUAAGCAUGUAGUGCCAACCGCUUCAGGACUGUGGUAUUAUUAGACAUCUUUGAACUCACAGAUUUACAGGAAAUAGCACAAAAUUUACCUGAGCUAUUCGUCUUGCUCUCUAAAUGAAGUUAAGGCUGUCUUGGUUGCUUUUUCUUUGGUUAGCUGCAAAAGGCAGCGUGAUAAAGCGCGCUUUCCUAAAUGCCAUCUGCUCAGCAACUGUCCCUUGAGCACUACCUGACUCAUUUAUGGGAGCCACGGAACGCCUCAGUGUUGAAAGUCUUUGCAAAUAAAAUUAUUUAAAAGUUACUUAUUGGGACCCAAUUUACCCCUCUUUCUACUAUGAAUAGUGCAAGAAAAUAUCCUGUAGGCAGAUUCAACCCACAAUGACUUAAGAAUUAAGGCACCCCCCCAUUAGAAUUACAAUUGCAAUCUACACUGAAGCAUACAUCCUUAUUGUACAAAGCAAACCUCUGCAAUGCUCUGUAACUCAAUUUGCAAACAGUGCUGGAAGUGGAUUUGGUAGAAACAACACAUCAACAACUAAUUCAAAUAGAAAAUUGGAAAAGAGUUUGAAUUUUGUCAUGCUAGAUCUCAUCAGCUAAUGCGUUGCAUUUUAUUUUAAUUGAAUAACUAUAACCUAUCAUAAAUCUAGAUUUGUGAUUCAGUCUGGAAGGUUUAGAUGCAUGUUUAGUGCUCUGGUCCUAUAUGUGCAAUACCUGCAUUUUUAAGAGGGUUUUUUUUCCCUCCUUUUGUAGGACUUCUUCUCUAAACAAGUGCUUGAAAAUCAUGAAGCAUGCUUGUCUAUGGAUAACACAGCUUCACAGUAUCACACUGUACAGCUGUACGUAUGUACAGCUCUCACAUGCACACAGGUCAUUUAUUUGGGUCUGAAGGUGCCAACAGACAAAUGAUUAAUUGCAGGCUGGUGCCCAGGCAGAGCUGCUUGCAAGGAAGCUGCAGUGCUGCAGGAAAAGACAAGGGGAAGUGUGUGCUGUAUGUAGCAUGUGUGGGAGCCAAUGGAUUGUAUCUUAAAGUCUAUACUUCGCUUUUUUUGCUUUUACAUCCAUUUUGCUAGAAAUGAGUUGUAGUUAUCCAGUUUAAUCAUCGUAGCAGUUCUCAUAUAGCACUUCUGGUGUUCUGGAACUGCUGCUGUUAAAAAGUUACAGCAUCAGUAGUACUGAAUCAUGCAGAAUUUUAUAUCUUCAUGUGGGACAGCAAAUGGUUGUGGGUAUACGGAGCUGAUCUGAAGGAACUGGUGUGCUUGGGAGGUCCACAAACUUGUGAUGAAGUCCAGCUGUUCUGAAAUAAGUCCACUGAUGAUCUCAGAGCCAUGCAUUUUCCAUUUCCUGCAGGUUUUUUAAUCCAGUUAUCUACUCCAGCUUUCAUUGAAGAGGAAUUCUUUCUAACACGUGUUUUGCUGGAGGAUCUUUUUCUCCCUCUCCCGAUCCUGGCCUGCGCGGCCUUUAAAGUUUCCCUUCCACCUCGAGCGGUUCUGCGAUGCUACGAACUGACAGAACUAGGUUUGAAUUCCCCAUCCCACAAAGCGCUCCCGGUCGGCAGUCUCACGAAACGCUUCCCAUUUGCAAUAUCCGAACGGGAGCGUGAGAGGCGACCAGAGCACUUGCGGUGCGUGCGAAGCGCUGCUCCCCGCGUGGCGAGCCGAGCGCGGGGCUCCGGCCUGAGGAGAAGGAUGGAGCGAGCGCUGCCCACGCGACACCCGUAGCCUUCAAUGACCGCACCGAGCCGUGUGACGGCUGCGGGGCUCUGGCAGACGGCGGGGCCGCCUGCGCUGACAGCCCGCCGGGCCGAAGGCUGAGCGGAGCCCGCGCGCCGCCUCACAGCUCCUCGCGCCGCCGCCAGGAGGCGGGAAGGGCACGACGCACAACGCCCCGCGCGCACGGAGCCUCCCGCGGACACCUCGGAGACGGCAGGAGGAGGAGGAGGAGGAGGGAGCAGCAGCGCCCGGUACCGACCCGCCGUCCACCGCUACCGCUUCUCUUCUGGCCGCCGCAGGUUGGUGUGCAGGCCGUCUCAAAGAUUUGGUGUCAGGGAUCGUACCUGACAGGGCUGCACUCACUCUGCUGCAGAAAUUUCAAAAUGAUCAAAGGAACCACAGUAGAGUGAAGAAAUACUACAUUUGCUGAUGAAUUCUGCGGCCUGUAAUGAGUUCAUCCCAGGAAGCAAAAUUCACGCUUGCUGCAAGAAGUCCUGCAAAAUAAUAAUUGGAAAAAAAGCAGGGGAAAAAAAAAGCCAUAAAAAAGAUCCUAGCAGCACCAAUAUGCAUUGAUUUAGAGAUUCAUGCGUGAGACUCCUGGUUUUGGGAAGACUAACUGUCUUGCUUUUGGAAGCAUUGGAAAUCUGAAGUUCAUGCUCAUGAGAAGUCAAAUUCAAGAGCCCGUGUUACUCAGUGUGGCUGCGGAUUGCAGAGGCGACAGUAACAAGUCAAGCAUUCUCUGUGAAGAAGGAGUUUCAGCUGUGUCCUUGUGUGUGCGCUGCCGGCUGAGAGAAAUAGCAGCCAGGCUGGGAUAAAAUGCCAGCGAGGGGUAAAUACUUCUUCAGUGAAAGCGAUGACUGCAGGAUCACAGACCCUCUCUAUGAGAAGUACCGUUACACGAGCCAGCAGCUUCCACUCCUGCUACUGCUGCUCUUCAUUGCAAUCAUCUUCUGGACCACACUAAUUAUUAUCUUUUUUGUCAAAGAUGAAGCACGUAUUCAUCUUGCCUUCAUUAUUGCAGUAUGUGCUGUUCUUGUCAUAUUUUCAGUCAUGUACUUACUUUUAUGUAUCGAAUCCUUAUUUCGGAGAUGGCUAACCUUAUUUGGAGUUACAAUUUGGAUUUGCUUCUUAACGAUAGGUUACAUUCCUCUUCUUGAACGAGGAGAUUAUUUUUCAGCAUGGGAACAGGUGCCAUUUUUUCUGUUCAUAAUCUUCACAGUGUAUACCAUGCUACCCUUUGGGAUGAGAGAUGCAGUCAUAAUUAGUGUUCUUUCUGCUCUCUCCCAUAUUAUCGUUCUAAGUGUGUUAUCCAAGGAUUCUUAUGCAGAUAAAAGAUCCAUUCUGUUUCAGGUACUUGCCAAUGCUGUCGUUUUCCUUUGUGGUAAUUUGAUGGGUGCAUUUCACAAACGCCAAAUGCAGGUUGCUUCGUGGGAUUUGUAUAGAUACACGUUAAAGUGCAUUCAGGUCCGAAUGAAACUGAAGAUUGAAAAGAGGCAACAAGAAAAUUUGCUUUUAUCCAUACUGCCAGCUCAUAUAUCUAUGGAAAUGAAGCUGGCAAUCAUAGAGCGACUAAAGGAAACUAAUGAUAAUAGGCAAAUGCAUGACAACAACUUCCACAUUCUAUACGUUAAAAGGCAUGAAAAUGUUAGUAUUCUCUAUGCAGACAUUGUAGGAUUUACUCGCCUUGCCAGUGACUGCUCUCCUAAGGAACUAGUAGUGAUGCUGAAUGAACUUUUUGGAAAGUUUGAUCAGAUUGCAAAGGAGAACGAAUGCAUGAGAAUAAAAAUCCUGGGAGAUUGUUACUACUGUGUCUCAGGACUACCUGUGUCCUUGCCGGUCCAUGCCAGAAACUGUGUUAAAAUGGGACUGGACAUGUGUGAAGCAAUAAAGCAGGUGAGAGAAGCUACAGGUGUGGAUAUCAACAUGAGAGUUGGCAUUCAUUCUGGGAACGUGCUGUGUGGUGUGAUCGGCCUCCGCAAGUGGCAGUACGACGUCUGGUCUCACGAUGUUUCCUUAGCCAACCGUAUGGAGUCUGCAGGCGUACCUGGUCGUGUACACAUCACUGAAGCAACGCUAAAUCACUUGGGCAAGGCUUAUGAAGUAGAAGAAGGAAAUGGACACCUUAGAGAUCCUUACCUUGAAUCCAUGAAUAUCAAAACCUACUUGGUGGUUGAUCCAAGGUCCAAACAGUGCAUAUCAAAUAAUCAUCUUCCUAAAACAAGAGUGAAUGAUGGGCUGAAGAUGCGGGCAUCUGUUCGGAUGACACGUUAUUUAGAGUCCUGGGGAGCAGCCAGGCCCUUUGCCCACCUAAACCACAGAGAAAGUGUGAGCAGUGACUCUUCGACUUCACAAGGAAGGCAAAGAAAGGAAAUACCUCUGUGUUCCACUGGGCGCCAGAGGACUUCUGACAGAAAUUCCUCUCAGAAGGGAAGAAUAGAGGAAGAUAUUUAUGAUGAAAUGAUGUCAACCAUUGAAGGACUCAGUUCAACUAACCCAUGGUGUGGCAAAUCUGAUGACUUCUGUGGAUUUUCACUGAUAUUUGCAGAACCUGGUCUUGAAAAAGAGUAUCGCACCAUUACCAUUCUGAAACUGAAGAGUUACUUUGCGUGUGCAAGUUUUGUGUUCCUCUGUAUUUUUCUGAUACAAGUGUUUGUAAUGCCCAAAACUGCAAAACUAGGAAUUUCCUUUGGCAUCGUUGGAAUCAUCAUUGUACUUAUUUUGUUUGUGUGCUUCGCUGAGAAAUGUAUGCAGAUGUGCUGCUCAGAAAGGUGGCCUUUCCUGCGCCGUCUUUGCAUUAUCUCAGAAAAAGUGGAAACAAUGCCUUUACUUAGGCUUCCUUUAGCAUUCAUCACCAUAGGUGCCUUGUUGAUUAUAGCCAUUUUUAACUUGACUACUGAAAGGAGCAGUGCUGCAAACUUUACUGGAUCAAAUGGCUUGAAUGGCACUGCCAAUGCGACUUAUGUCUUCAUUUCUCAGUCAUUUGAAAACACAACUGAAUACUUCGUUGAAGAAACUUAUUAUGCUUAUUGCUGCAUUUUGGGGUUCAUUGCUUGCUCAGUAUUCCUUCAAAUGAGCUUCGAACUCAAAGUUCUCCUCCUGUCCAUUGCUGUAACUGUAUACCUCAUCAUUUUUAAUACCCUUCCAUAUAGAAACACGAGUGUCUCUGUCAACGUUACCAGGCUUUUCAUUGAAGAGCCAAGAGUAAUGAUUAAUAUAUAUCUGGUUCUGUUCUACAUAACCCUAAUGUUACUUGCAAAGCAGAUUGACUAUUACUGUCGACUGGAUUGUCUGUGGAAGAAUAAGUUUAAAAAAGAACAUGAGCAGUUUGAAACAAUGGAGAAUGUCAACAGGCUGUUACUGGAAAAUGUACUUCCAGCACACGUCGCUGCCUAUUUCAUUGGUGAAAAGCGAAAUGAGGACUGGUACCAUCAAUCUUAUGACUGUGUCUGUGUCAUGUUUGCAUCAGUGCCAGAUUUUAAGGUGUUUUAUACUGAGUGUGAUGUCAAUAAAGAAGGUCUGGAAUGCUUGCGACUGUUGAAUGAAAUCAUUGCUGAUUUUGAUGAGCUCUUGUUAAAACCUAAAUUCAGUGGUGUUGAAAAAAUAAAAACAAUUGGAAGCACUUACAUGGCAGCAGCUGGCCUCAGUGUCACACCGGGCCAAGAGAACAACCAGGAUAAGGAGAGACAACAUGCACACAUUGGGAUUAUGGUGGAAUAUGGAAUUGCCUUGAUGAGUAAACUGGAUGGCAUCAACCGACAUUCCUUCAACAACUUCCGAUUACGUAUUGGGAUAAAUCAUGGUCCUGUGAUUGCUGGUGUAAUUGGUGCCCGGAAGCCUCAGUAUGAUAUCUGGGGUAACACCGUUAAUGUUGCCAGCAGGAUGGAGAGUACAGGGGAGCUUGGAAAAAUCCAGGUCACAGAAGAAACGAGUAGAAUACUACAGGACCUGGGAUAUUCGUGUGAAUGUAGGGGACUCAUUAACGUCAAAGGAAAGGGAGAACUGAGGACUUACUUUGUUUGCACCGAGACAGCCAAAUUCCAAGGUAUUGGACUGAACUGAGGCUAAGACAAAGUUGAUGCAAGUAGGCUUUGAACUGCCUCCCUUCUGUGAAGACUUAGAACUUCCCUCCUUAUGUGAAGGAGAUUAUUCUAAAAAUACACAGAUAGUAUUCAUAGUUCUUCUGCAUCGAAAGAUAGGAGAAUGUGUGUGUUUUUGGUGUUUAUUUUUUUCAGUUUUUUUUAAUCUUCGAAAGAAGCUCUGAAAAGUUCCUAGCAAAGCACCAGUCUGAGAAAGACUGCCUUUUCCUGAAAGGAUUUCAGGAUUUACCUGGAAUUGUCGUGAAGCAUUCUCUGUUGGUUCCUUUCUUUACUUGCACUGUGAGAGUCUAAUAGCUCCAGUAACAAACUAUGUGGAUGCACUGCUGAGCUCCUUUCCUGUUAAAAUAUUCCACUGCUACAUUUUUUGUCACAUAGCACACAGUAUUGCAUUUGUCACAGACAUAUUGAGAUGAUUCUCCAGGCGCCGCACAUCCUGCUAUUAAUGCUCAACAAACUUCAUGGCAGAAGACGGCAGAAUAAUGGAAAGAGAAAUACAAGUAAGCUCCGAGCUGAGCGCCUUUGAGGUGGAAAAAAAAAGUAAUUGCACAGAUUUGGAUGACUUCUUCAUUAUCUUCUCCUCCUCCACUGCAGUAUCAUGUAUUAUGCAAGUGUUUUCCUAACCAGCAGCUGUCCAGAAAUCUUUCAUCUAGUUCGGGGUGUUUACAUUAUAUAUGUUGCCCCUUGUGUUUAUGCGCCUCUGUAUUUAACACCUGCAUGCGUGUAUUUUACAGUCAGAUAGGAGAAUGGUCUUUAAAAAUCUGGCUUGAAAUUUCAAAAAAAUAUACCUAGUGCAGUUUCUGCUGAAUGCUUGGUUAGACAGACUCUGGUACCAGCUUCUAGCACUGACAUCCAGCUGGAAUCCUGCAUACUGACUGCAUUCUUGAAUGUUUUUGUAGAAGAAAAUAAUCUGUUUUGAAUUAUUUGGAAACUGAAAAACAGAUCUAAUGAAAUAGUAUUAGAAACAGUAGCAGAUACUCUAUAAACAGAGCUGCAGCUGAGAUGAGUUUUCCUUUUUUAAUUUUUUUCUAUUUUGUUUCUUCAACUUGACUGGCUUCUUGCUGAUUUACAUUCCUUUUAAAGGCAGUGCAGUUUAUGAAACAAUUUGGUUUUGAAGAUUACAGCAGGAUAUGUGGAAAAACAUGUUCAUAAUGGAAAUGCUUGAGCAGAGCCUCAAUGCUGAAAAGUAGGCCUAGUGCAUUGGUAAGGCGAUCACAGAAACUGGCUUGCUGUAAGUUGGUUUGUAAAGUUUUUAAGAUGUUAAUAGUUUAAGCAAAAAUCUAAAUUAGCCUUUACCUGCUUACAAUCAAUCUAUUUUCUGCUGGUGGAGAUGACCAUUUUUUCUAAUGAUGAGGUCUUCUGGCUAAAUAUAUGUAUUAACUAAGGACGCGUUCUCCCCUUAUCCCUUAGAACCCCAUGGAGUUUGACUAAACAGCACAGUGAUUAAUAAAUGCAACAUCUGCUUUGUUAAGCCUUGCUCUUUUACAAACAAAGCAGCAUCUACUAAUUUGAGGGGUUCAUACCAAAUUAUACUGGAAAAGAUUUUAACAAGCGGUCAUACAUUACUGCCACUUUCUAAUUACUGUGUAAUUUCUUUAGGAAAUGGAGUGACUGUUUCAAGACAGAAACAAAUCUAAAUAUUGUGGAUUUUAAAAACUGUACUUACAGUCUGUCAAAUUGGUAGGUCAAAACUAUGUUUGUAGUAAUUCUCCAACAGAAAACAGCAGGCUAGAAAACCUUAGUUUGAGGUUGUCAGGCUCAUGUAUGGACUCUGCUGAGGAUGGAAACUUCAUACUUGGUGUCUUCUCAGUAUCAGGUCAGUGUUGUAAUAGAAUAAACUCUCAAAGAGCUUUUGCUACUCUUGUACGAUGCGUGUUUGUAAUACCAGAUGCUCUACAAGCAUUUGUUUUGAGAUAUUUAUUUAUUGUGUUAUGAGGACCAUGCAUGUGUGAAAGACUCAGCAGUCUUUCAUGGCAAAUGGUAGUUAGGUGAAGUGGCUAUUUGCCUUGUUAAUAUAUUUUGAAAAAUGCAUCAUGCCUAUAGCUAGAGCUGGCUCUAAAGUUCACAGCACUAGUAGAAUUUAGAUGUAAGUUAUCUAUGGAAAAAUACUGGCUGUCACUAACAGCAUUUUGAAAUGCUUUUGUUUACAUUGUAUUGCCUGUCAGGCUAGUGACUUGCUUGGGCAUACCUUAACCUAUAGAAACCUGUUGCUUUUGAACUGGAACUAGUAAGUUUUUUUCUUUUGUUUGAAAGGACAUUGCGUCCUGCUCACUGAAUUUUAGUUUGGGUAACAGAUUUAUGUAAAGAAACAGGGAUUCAUAGCUGAAGAUGACUAACUUCUUGUUAGGAAUGGAUUUGCAUACUAUAGAAAUUGUAUACUUAUACUAGGAAAACUACUCAACUACAAAAAAGUUCCAUUUAAGAGACAACUGUUCAUUGAUCUUAAGAGAACUGUGAACUUAAGACUGAGAAAGUGAUCUUAUUAGAAAAUCUUCACAGCGUUAUUGUUUUUUGAACUAUGAAAAUGACACUAUCUAAUCUGAAGAGCUCAUAAUGUUUUGAAUUAACAAUCUAUUUUAAAGAACAAACUUUUGUUUUUAUUAUUAAAUAAACAACUUCCUGAAACUUG